AUGAAGCCUACAACAACAAUUGUAACUAGUGCUAUACUAGCGGCCACUUCCAUUCAGGCUCAACAGACCGGAUAUGGCCAGUGUGGUGGUCAGAACUGGACUGGUGCCACGACCUGUGUGUCUGGCUGGACAUGUACCUAUCUCAACAAUUGGUACUCCCAAUGUCUACCAGCUUCCAGCACUUUGACUGCAACGACCUCUUCCAAGACCUCCACAACCUCAACGACUGUGAAGACCACCACCUCAGUUACGAGUUCGCCAACUAGUACUGGAAAACUGAAAUGGUUCGGCGUAGAUGAAUCAUGUGCCGAGUUCGGCACUGCGAUGCCAGGUACUUGGGGUGUCGAUUUUACCUUUGCAAAUACAGCAACUAUUGGUGAAUUAAUCAAUCAAGGCUUUAACAUCUUCCGUGUCCCCUUUGCCAUGGAACGUAUGGCACACGGCUCAAUUACCGCUGCCUUGGAUACCGCAUAUUUGACCAACUACUCAGUUGCCAUCAACUACAUUACCCAGCAUGGGGCAUAUGCAGUAAUUGAUCCUCACAAUUAUGGCAGGUAUAAUGGCAACAUUAUUACCGAUACUACUGCUUUCCAGACCUUCUGGUCUAACUUGGCAACUGCUUUUAAGGGCAAUUCCAAAGUUAUCUUUGACACAAAUAACGAAUAUCACGACAUGGAUGAAACCCUAGUCUUUAACCUUAACCAAGCAGCAAUCAAUGGUAUCCGUGGCGCCGGCGCCACAACGCAAUACAUCUUUGCGGAAGGGAAUAGCUGGACCGGCGCAUGGACCUGGAAUACGACUAAUGAUUCACUGAAGGGCUUGAGUGACCCUGAGAACCUACUUGUCUACGAGAUGCACCAAUACCUUGACUCCGACGGAUCAGGCACAAACGCCGCCUGCGUCUCAUCUACAAUAGGGGUUGAGCGUGUACAAGGUGCCACUUCUUGGUUGAAGGCAAACAGAAAGCUUGGUGUACUAGGUGAGUAUGCUGGUGGCCCUAACUCUGUCUGUCAAGCCGCCGUAACGGGAAUGUUGGACCAUCUAGUCGCCAACAACGAUGUCUGGCUUGGAGCUGUAUUUUGGGCUGCCGGACCGUGGUGGCCUUCGUCAACAUGGUCUAACUUUGAGCCACCGAGUGGACAGGCUUAUGUCUAUUAUGAUCAGAUCCUGAAGGCAUACACCCCAUAA